CAAGCCACAACCACUGAUGCAACUGCGAGUGAGCUGGAGGAGACGGUUAUUUCCAGCGCAGAACUGGCACGCAGACGUAAAGAGGCUUUGAAGCGGAUCUUCGGCGAGGAAAGUGAGAACGUUUCUGAAAGUGAGCAGGGUGCUGCUGCCAGAAUAGCAUCCCAAGAGUCACAGUUGUUGGUGAUGGCUUCUGAGCAUGAACAGUUAAAGAGCAAACUGGAAGAUCUUCAGGAGAAGAAGGAGCAGAUGGAUCAGUUGUUGUUGCAGCUUAAGUCACUCAGACCACAAGCUCUAAACAAUGACGGAGAUUCGAUGAGUGCAAGUUCCAUGAACGUCUUGGAUGUUGUUUCCCAGGCAACAUCAGCAACAGAGGAGGCGAGAUCGGAAACAUCUCAACAAGCAAUAUCUGAUGAUAAACUUAGACUUCAAGAAAUGCGCGAGAGAUUGAACCAGCUCCGAGACUUAGUGCAGUACUACCAGGCUAGCCAAGAAGAGGAACGGGCUGGAGCAGGAGAUGCACCAGCAGCAGCUGCUGCCAUGCCAGAACACGAACCCUCUUUGUCCUCCGUCAACUUUGAAGAUCCUAGGCUUAUGUCUAAUCUACGAUUGUUACAACGUGGUGAAAACAUUGCAUCUCACAGUGGCAGUGGAUUAAAUGCUGAUGAAGAAAAUGACAAUGAAGAUGAGGAAGAUGAUGACGAGGAUGAUGCUAGCGAGAGUUGUACCACUGAAGCUACAGAGAACAAUGAAACUACCGGGGAAACCACCACGGAAGACGAGACGGAGAGCAACCAGAGCUCCAUCAUGGCUAGAUGGGGAGAUGACCCAGAGAUCCGAGAGAAAGUCAGGAAACUUCAGUCGGCCAAGGCUAAGCUUCGCCAGCUGCAAGACCUGGUAGCUAUGGUCCAGCACACACCCGAGUUUGCUGGUAGCCUACCCAACGACCUCGCUGAACUCGCCAUGAGUAUUGAUGAAGAGGCCUCGGACCAGCAGAGCAAUGCUGCUGCAGGCACGGAAGCCCUACGAGCAUUCACUGAAGAAACUAGGGAAGCGUAUUAUGAAGUUAAAAUGAAACAACAGAAAAAAGAACUUGAAAACCUGAUGCAAGAAAGGCAACGUUUACUACAAGUGCAGAAUCAACUGAAAGACCUCAAUGAAAACCCCACACCAAGAAAGACGCUUAGUGCAGGCAAGAAAACAACUGCUGUACAGGCAGGAAAUCCUUUACUGGAGGCUGCUAAGCUGAUGGAGGAAAACAAACUGGCGACUCCAACAAGAGAUGAGAUAUAUGCGGAAAUGAGACGGCACAAGAUCCUGCAGGAGGAAUUGCGACAGAAGAGACAUGAGCUGGAAGAACUCCUAUCAGGAACCAGAUCAACCAGAAUAAAUUUUGAUGAUCUUGAAAGAGCUGCAUUUUCCGUCCAGAGUGAAAACGAUAAUGAUUUGUUUAGUAGAGUAAGUAUGCGUAGCGCUGACAUCACUGCAGCUGCCACCUGGGGUAGCUCAACACAAGAGGGCUCCCUACAAGAUGAGAUGGAGAAUGCGGAGGAUGAAGAUUUCCAAGGUGAUGGAAUCAUCCAGGUGGAAGAGGAGGAGGAAGAGGUACAAAGUGAGGCCUUGUCUUCAGACACGUACACAAUUGAAGCGCAGUAUCGUCAGAGACAAAGACAGCUACCCUCCCUUGACAGACCAUCGCUACCUUCCCUUGACAGACCGUCCGUCUCACACCCACGUUGGAGCUUGCCACAAGACAGCGAUUCUGAUGCAGCUCGGCAUGGCAUUCGCUACCCAACAAGCCCCCGUUACCGAGGUAACCCAGUGCCUGAAUACAAAGGACUGACUCAAAGUGCAAGGAAAAGACAGGAGAAUAUCCGUUCAGCUGAGGAUCUGAUGGCCGAUGAUCCAGCGAGCACUGCCGAGGAAACGGAGUACCUUAAAUGGAAGUCUGUAAGCCUGGAACGCCAGCUAUCAGCCAGCGUGAACAUGUGCCACGACCUGCUACGAGAUCAACACAACAUGAGUAAUCUACUACAGACGUCAAUGACAGGAAACUGGGGAUAUCCAUCCCAAAGUCCAAUGGCAAGAAACCCGUACAUGAAUUCGCCGUCCAACCCUAUGAAUGACAUGCUAGCUAACUACAACAUGCGCCUUCAACACCAGCAGCUGAUGCUAAACCUGAAUCAGACUUACGGCCAGUUGUACGCCCUCCAGGAAGACAUCCGCAACUUUGAGGAAAUGGCUAAACAGGAGGGUAGUGUGAAUGAGGAAAACCUCCCUAGUAGCAACUACCCGUACGGGCCUAGCCCUGGCAUUAGCAGCCUAGGAUCUAUGCAAUCACAGUAUGCGCAGCCUCACUUUCCGGGAAUGUCGUAUCCGCCGUACGGCAUGAAUCAGUACCCACCAGCAUAUGGAUUGAAUGCAAGUUACACUAUUCCACCUUACACAAGUCCUGCAUUGAACCCUUAUGCCAUGUCCACCUCUGCGUACGACCCUGUAAAUAGCAUAGGCAACCAACGAGCCCGAGAAGCCCGUCCACGAUUCAACAUGAACUCGGUCCUCAACCCUCAGGAACAUGACGAGGUCCCGCCAAACUCGGAGUUGGAUGACGAUCAACUUGGCCCAAGUAUCAGCAACAGAGAAGCUAGCUUUAAUUUGGACUUGCAGUCGCACUUGCAGCCGAAUUUGCGGCCUAGAACAACCGGUCUGUUCGGCUCGCCUGCAGCUGACGACGAUUCGUUGACGACUCCAGUGGCAACUGCAAGUAAAACAAAAGCACCUUCUGCAGUUCCUCCACUCAAUAUUGAUAGUUUGUUGAAGAAAAUGGAUAGGCAGAGAAGACGGCCAGGCUCAGAGAGUGUUACAAGCACCUCAAGUAAAGGUGCCACAAAACGAGGUAGUGGGCUGAUGGCAAAAGCCCGUGAGAUGGCCAAGGAUCAUAGUAGGAAGGGAGCAUCUGGUGGGCCUAGACCAGGGCUAAGCAGCUCUCUAAGCGGUACUGCCUUCUUCGAUGCGGCAAGUGUAACAAGCACAGUAUCAGCAUCAAGUAUGCCCGGAGAGCUUGUUAACGGGGAAUUUUUCUUGCCUGGAGAAAGAAGGAGAGGCACUGUUAAAACCCAGCAUGAAGUUGAAUCGGAUAUUGGUAGUGAGUUCUCCCUCUUUGAAGCACUUCGCGAGACCAUAUAUUCUGAAGUUGCUACUCUCAUCUCGCAAAACGAGACUCGACCACACUACCUGAUUGAACUCUUCCGUGAGUUACAAAUGCUCAGCAGCGAUUACCUGAGACAAAGAGCUCUCUACGCUCUGCAAGACCUAGUCUCAAAGUAUCUUACUGAUGAAGCGAUUGCUGCGUCGAAUGUAGCCAGCACAAGUCAUUCUGUGCCACCAUGGCAGAUUCCUACAGCAUCAGAACAUACCCCAAGUGAAAGUCUGUUAACAUCUGAAGAUGAUGAAAUGAAGGCAAGACUUUACUCGCAGCAUCCGCCAAAGAAGAAUGGGAGCUCGGUGAAGUCGGGAGAAUAUGAUUAUAUGGAGCAUGUAGAGAGUGCCAGCACCAUGUCUACUCCUAACUCGACGCAUGAGUUUGGCUUCGCUAACGACGACCUUGGCGAUACAGUUAUUCAUCUUGAUAAAGCCUUGCGUAGAAUGCGCGAAUAUGAACGAAUGAAGGCUGAACAGGAAGGGACAUCAUCGGCCGUAAGCAGCAGUGCUACUGCUGAACUUCACAAGAAGGAAGGACCUCAAACCAGCACGGAUGCCACCAGUAACAGCUCUGCUCAAGAUGUUGGUAGUGAAAGCUCUUUCUCAAGCCUUCCUUAUCCUAGAAUUGACACUCGCCAACUGGAUCACCAGAUUAAGAGUAUCAUGCAGGAAGUGAUCCCCUGCCUGAAGGAACACAUUGAUGAUGUGUGCUCUUCUGAACUUCUAGCAUACCUACGUCGUCUUGUCUUGACACUAACUCGGCAGCGUGAUGACAGUCAAGAGUUUGUUCGCUUCUUCAACAAGCAGCUUGGAUCUAUUCUUCAGGAUUCGCUUGCGAAAUUCGCUGGGAGAAAAAUGAGAGAAUGUGGAGAAGAUUUGCUUGUAGAUAUAUCGGAAAUACUAUUCAACGAACUGGCCUUUUUUCGCCUUAUGCAAGACUUGGACACCUCAGGCAGUAAUCUCCGUAUGAAUGCGGAGAGAGCGAGCGAGACCGGAACAGACACGGGAACAGGGGUAGAUGAGGAAGAGGAAGGAGACAGCUCCUCUUCCGAAGAGUCUUCUGAUGAAGAAGAUACUGAAGCAGCAGAAGAGGAGGAGGAGGAGGAUAAGGGAGAUGAUUUGACAAAGGCAUCCUUGGAAACGGCCAUGGCAUCUUACUCCAAGAUUGAGGAGGAAGACCUUGGCAAGGCAAGAGAUGACGAAAUGGCAGCAGAUCUUGGCAUCAGUGAUCAAGAUGAUGACAGCGAGGAGCCAAGCUCUAAGGAGAGAGUGAAGAUUGAGCUGUCAAUGAGUGAGAGUAAAGCAAUAGCCUACUUUGGAAGUGGAGAGGAUGACAAUGAUGCUGAUGCAGUGAGUCUUAAGGCAGAGGAGACUAUAACCAGUAUUGGAGCUUCUAAUGUCACUGAUGACCACCAAGCUAGUCAGAAUGAUGUACAGGUGGAAGAUGAUGUGGAGGAAGAGGAAAAGGCUGUUAAUGUUACCGCAAUACAGCUUGAUGUUACUGCUGCAAAUCUCGAUGAUGCAGCCGCAAAGCUUGACGGUACAGCUUCAAAGCUUGAAGUUACAGCUGAAAAGCUUGACGUUGAGGCGGCAACGCUUGAUGAUGUGGCAACCGAGCCUAAUGUUGUCAAGGCAACAGAACCUCCAGCAGAAGGAACUGCUGCUGCUGAGCAAGAGGAAGAACAGACUACUGAUGCCAUGGCAACCAAUGCCAGCCUUUCCAAUGGUGAUAUUCAAGAACUUACUAUUGAGGACCUACCACCUAAACUGACAAGCCUCUCCCAGGUUGAACUAGAAAAGAAGAUGACGGAGGAGCAAUCAAACAAUAAUUCAAGUCAGGCUGUACUUGAGGGCAUCGUUGGCAUGACUCCUGAGCUGGCUGGAGAUGCUGAUGCGCUACCGGAGCCCAGUUCAGCCCCAAUUCCCAACGGAAUAGUUCAUGCAGGCGGAGAUAUUGGAUCGGAGUAGCAUAGCUUUAGAGUGUUGAAACCAAAGUUUGUAGGUUAUUAUUCAAGUUGGUAUUCACUGUCAUAAUAUUAUGGUAAAUAAUAUUUAAUGUAACACAGAUUAAAAACAAAAAUAUGCUUGUUAACAUGAAUAUGUAUCAUAAUAAUGAACAGGUAAGGCAAAAAGGAAAUUAAUAAUAAUAUUCAUAUUAUUAAUACUAUAUUGGUAUUUUUACUAUUAUUAUUGUUAUUAAUAUACUGUAUUAUUAUUGUUAAUGCCAUUAUUAUUAUAUUGUUAUUAUUUCUAAAUACUGUACUGAAAUUCCAAUCUACAGCCAGCAAUAGGGAAAUGCAACUUGUCUUCAUUGCUUAAACCACAGGUGGGCAAAGUGCGGCUCGACGGCGAAUUUUUUAGCGGCCAGCGAAAAUGAAAUAAUCCUAUACGUGUGGCCCGCCAAGUAACGUUGGAUAUAAAACACCUUGUUUUGACAGCUGACACGGAUCAUAUGUAAAAAGUAACAAAACUAAGAAUAAAAUGGUGUAAAAUCAGUGUUGGAGAUUUUCGGAAAGGUCACUGGAAACAUCAAAAUUCACUUUAACCCUCUGACCGAUUUUUAUACCCACCCCUGGCUUCAACGGUAAAGUGACCAAAUGGUAGUUUGAAAAAGGGCUUAUAUUCAAAUUUCAAUAGGACAAUUGACUUCACUAUUUCGUGAGUACUUACUUGAAUAAACCGGUAGAUGCCGGUCAUGGGCCCUGUAACAGAUCUUGACGAGAUUAUCAACAUCACUACUGAUUUGUUUAUUCUAGAGUGUCAGACUGACCAGUCAAAACAGGGCCCAAACAUGUGCAUGUCCCACAAGCACAAGCAUAUUUACUUAUGUUUACUCUGUGAUUUUUUGAAACCUUAGCUGCAAUAUUCAAUGGGUGCUGCUUAAUGGAAAGGUCUAUUAAAUUCUCUCAUUCAUACUAUUCAAAGAAUGUCUGUAUGCUAAAUUAACAUCCAUGGAGAGUUUGGCAAGCAAGAAUUUCAUUUUCAUUAUUUUAAAAUGUAUGGUAGACAUUGGUACAAUUUCCAACCAGUAGUUAGAUAUGACAACCAGAUUUAUUAUAGGUAAAAAACAUCAAAAAGCAACACAUAAAAAUUAAUUACAGUUUUCAUAAAAAUUAAAAUUAUUAUUAUUAUUAUUGUAAAAUAUAACAUUCGGACAUUGUUUUAAAAAUAUAUGUAUAUAUUGCGGUAGACACAUAGUACAUUUCAACUGGCACUAAAGGUCAAAAAUACAGUUAAAAUUUUUAAUAGAUAAAUUUAGAUAAAAAUUUUCAUGAAGGUAAUUGUAACAAUUAGUAUAUUACUUAGACUUGCUUACGUUCUUUAAAAAGUGUAUAUGUACGGUGAUGGGGCGCUUCCCAGCCAGCAUUUGAAGUGGAUGUAUCUAGAUUAAAUAGUAAGGAAAAAAGCUAA